GCUAGAGAGAUGACCUUCCUAAAAAACCACUAUCUUUGGUUUUGAUACCGGGUCAGUAUGUCAGCUUAUACACUAAUCCAGUGACAUUUGUCACUUAUACAUAUGUUGGUGCCUCUAUUGACCGACUAUUUUGUGUUAAGUUAAUCAAUUAAAAAAUACUGCCUAUGACCUAUCCGUCAUUAUAAGACGUAAAGGAGUGUGUUCCUGUGUUGAAUCGGAAUUGAAAUGCAGCGAUUUAGAAUGACUAAUAUUAUUACGGAACAUGAUCUAUUUAUUAGACUAACUGUGGAGGGGUUUCGCACAAUAUUUUGGCGACGAUGGCUAUGCUACAGGGAGUGGGAGGUGUUGUAGGAAGUGUAUACGAUACGCUUUGAUAGACGCCACAUGUAGCGAAUUCAAUCAACAAGUACUCUGAUUUAAUAACAUCAAAUGCUUUCCUCAGUUUUAUAUAUUCCUUGAAUCAGGAUAUUUGUUAAUUAAUAGUCCUUUUUUGAUCAAAACAGUAAGGCGCCUAUCAAUAGCAAUACUUUACAUAUAUUCGGUUUUGACAUGUAUUGUAUCAAUAACAGUUCUCACAUGGUAACGAAAGCAUAUAAUCUGCGAGUAACUGAUGAACAAGAACUGUUUUUUUUAACCUAUGAAUCGCUUAUUUUAUUGGUUUAUGUGGUUCUAAACAAUGAUGUAUAGAAUUGUAGAGUCAGAUGGAUUUUUUUAACCGAACACCUGUCAAAAAUGAUAUUCUGAGUAUCAUUGGACACCUUAGUUCAAGAAAAAAGAGUUCACGUCCUCCGGUCACAAGCUUUCGUGAAGCACGCCCUCCUGCACUUGAGUUUGAUGAAACUGUUGUCGAGAAAUCGUUUGGACCUCAUUUGAAGAAAGAGAAUUCUGGUAUCAAAAUAAAUCUUUCGUCCACUGUACAGGAUUCCAACGAGUCCCGAGUAGAAGCUCUUUUAGAAUCUGACUUAUGUUCCGGUCCAAGUAUCUUGGUUAACUCCAACAAUGAAGAUUUCCUCAAACUGAAGACGGCUCAUUCGGUUCACAAUGAUAACCCCGUUUCACAAAUAUCCGUACUAACUCCGCCAGUACUCGAAUAUAGCCCAGAUACCGAUAUCCUAGAAAAUAUUAGCCCCAGUGACAACGACGACAAACUCUGUAAAAGGUUUCAGAAAUCACUUGGGGCUAAUAUAGAUAAAUCGAAUUGUAGUAGUGAGCCAGUUAAUCGCAACUCUAGCAUCAUCAGAUCACACGUUAGUAGUAGUGAUGAUGAUGAGGCUUUUGAAAACUUUUUGAAAUCCCAACGAUCCGAGACAAAGAAAAUUGCGGUUAAUCAAGAUGUAGAUUGGUCAUCCUGUGAUUCUGAUAAUGAUAGUGAGUCGAGUUGUGAUUCGCCCUAUCAAACGUUUUACUACCGAGUCAACAACAAGUUUUAUUCAUCUGGUAUCACAAAACUACCACCAAGGUUGUCAGAAUCAGAUUCAGAGAAAGAGAAUUUAGUUUCAAAUCGAAAAGCCCAGUCAUGUGCCCAUCCAGUUCCAAAGAAUUUACAUAUUUCCAAUUAUCAGAAAAGUUCAUAUCGCACAGAAGAAUGUAAUUCACAGUGUCUAUCUGUGGAAGAAUUUGUUUACUCCCUAUAUCCAGUUAAUAAUGAUGAUAACAGUAAAUAUACAUCACACAAGAAACCUCGUCAUCCUGAUGCACUAAAAUUUGUUCAAAAGUUCAAGCCUAACCGGUCUGAACUAGCUGAAAAAUUAUACCGAAUUUACAAUGAAAAGAUAUUUUCUCAUCAACUACCAUCAAAAUUAGAGAUUAUAUGGAGUCGUCGGCUAUUAAAAACUGCUGGUCUUUGCAAGUAUAUGACGCGAACAACCACUCAUUCAGAUGGAACAUCUAGUCAGGUUCGUAUCGCUCAGAUUUUGUUGUCGGAAAAGGUUUGCACCACAGCUGAACGUGUUCGCGAUACUCUAUUACAUGAAAUUUGCCAUGCAGCUGUUUGGUUGAUUAAUGGUUUGAACGAUGGCCAUGGACGACACUGGAAAGCUUGGGCUAAUCGAGUUCAUCAAAUAUGGCCAAAACUCCCUGUCAUUUCUGUUUGUCAUGCCUAUUCAAUCGAUACACGAUUCACAUAUCGGUGCACAGGGUGUGGCAUAUGUAUUAAUCGGCACAGCAAAUCUUUGGACAUUACUAAAAAGAUUUGUGGUCAUUGUCGUUCGAAGUUUGAAUUAUUAAUUAACACACCCAAAGGUCGUAUGCUUCGACCAAGUUUAGCUGCACAGUAUGAUAAACGUCUUCUGCCACACUGUUCUUCCAACACGGUAACAAAAGUGCCUGCUGUACCUAAAAAAUAUCAGCUAUCUGAAACUUCAUGUGAAAAUAAUCGAAAUCAAAAUGUUGAGAAAGAUUUAACAAAUAUGUUCAGUGAUUUGCAUCUUCUCAGCUAGGAUUUCUCCUUAACAUUUUGUCUUUUAGUACGCAUUAUUAUUAUCCAUAGAGUGAUAUUCUUAAUGGCGUUAGUUUCCUGUACUGUAUAGGCGUUUGCAUUUUAUCGUACUUUUUUUACAGUUUUCACACCUUUCGUAAUUCGCGUUUGUCAAUUUUUAAACCGAAAACGUCCUCAGAUUGAACUGUUCAUUACUAUCUGUGAAAUUGUUUCAUUUAAUAAAAUAGAUCCUGAUUAAAUGAACGAA